AUGCCGUCGGCUGCUCUCAUGGAGAAAUCGGCUCGAAGUCUGCCCUCUGGAUAUUACAUCGUCUACGCGGCUGAUGGCCUCGUGAAGCACUGCUUCACCUCGAUUGUCCGCGGUCCAAGCGAUCCGGCUAUUAUUUACAACGGUUACCGUGAAUCGGACAACCCGCCGAUUCUCUUGGAGCCGCUGACCAUAUUGGGCUAG